AGAAACAUAAAAAUGUUCGGUGGAAAACUCAAGUUCAAAAAAGGCCUCAAAAAGCCCAAAGUAAAACACCACAAGAAGAAAAAGCCCAAAGAUCCCCUAGAGGAACAGAGGAAGGUCAUGGAGAGGUUCCAGAGAGAAGUCUUGGGCGUGAAGGAGGAAGAACAGUUGUGUGGGAAGAAGAGGAAGAGAGAGGAGGAACAGCCUGAGUAUGAGACGCAGAGUGUGAAGGAAGGGGAAGGAGAGAUUUUGGUGUCCCAUACGACGGUUCAUGGGUUUAAGACGGCGUUUAAAGAGGUCUUGGAAGCUGGAGAUACGUUGAUUGUGAAGAAUCCGGAAGUGAAGGAAGGGGAGGAUGAAGAGGAGAGAGUGAAGAUUAGUAUGGUUCUUAGUGAUAAAUCAAUGGGGAUAGAGAAGCCGCUUAGUUUUGUGCCUAAAGAAAAGGUUACAUUUAAAUAUCAAAAGAAGCCAGUUCUUAAGGAAGAGGAGAAAACAUUUGAAGAUUUUCUAGCUGAGAAGAAAAAGGAGAGAAAAAGAGAAAUCAAAGAAGACGAAAAGAAGAAAUACACUGUUGUUGAGGUGAGAGAGAAGACUGGUAUGUGGGGAUACAAGACCAAGAAGAUUAAAGUCAAAGGUCAACUUAGUAGAGAGGAAAUACUGGAUAUUAGAGCUCAAGCUGCUGGAGAUAAGACUGGAAUAUAA